CGAAAUACAUGUCCUUGAACAAGCAACAACAUUUGGAACCCAUAGUGAUAUAUGUGUGAAUCUUCUUUCCAACUUGUGAAAGAUUUCUUAGAUAUAUAUAUAUAUAUCCCUACGGUGGUUCCAAUCAAACAAAAGAUAUGUCUAGCAGAUAUAAUACAGCCGUUAACAGUUUCGAGGACACCUUGGCGAGUAAGAUCGAUACUCGUAAUUCGAACGACAUCAUGUCAAGAAAGGAUUAUUAUGACAGGUUAAUCAUUGAAGACAGGGAACGACGAUCAUCAAGUUUACCCGCUAUGCGAAGUAGAUUGUUGCUAUCAGAAGAACAAAUUUUGCAAAUUGAAGAAUUAGGCAUUAACCUCGAAGACCCUAAGGACGUACUAGAUGAACUGGACGGACGACGAAGACAAGGAGAGAUAUAUGAACAUCUAAAUGCCCAAUGGCUAAACAUUAUGAAACGGUUGAAAUUUCUAUCAAAGAAAAAUGAGAAUCUCUCAAUUGAUGAGGCUUUUGAAAUAUAUGAUGCAUCAGUUGUGUUGAAUGUUGAAGCUUCCGACAAAAUUUAUGGAUGGGGGGAUCGUGAAGAUUAUGAUAAUGAUGCUUAUAGAAAAGCAAAUCACGGAUCAGUUCGUCUUGCAGGGCAAAUAGCUAAGAGUGGUCUUCUUUUGAUGCUUCAAGCAAAAAUGCUAAAAAGGAAAGGGCGUGAACUACUUGACCUAAGCAAAUCCAAGUUGAAGGAUGCAUACCCUUAAAGUAUAUGUUUGAAUUGGUGGCAUACGAUGAAAUAAGUUAAAUAAAAUUUCGAAGCUGAAGAAUAAUACUUUGUUUCAAGGAGAGGAUGCUAAUUUUUAAGGUUUAUUCGACGUUCGGAGUCUUUAUUUUUAAAUUGGUGUAAUAACGUUUUAUCGUGCUUAUUUAGUAUUAACGAUCUUUUGAAUUGUAAAGGUUUGAGUAUCUUUUACGCUUUUUUAUAAUUGUUGAAUCUAAGAGGACUCUAGAUGAUUAAUUCAUAUUGUGCAUAAGCUGACUUGGUGUGCAAGCUAGCAAAAAAGUGAAAGUGUAACUAAUUGCUUGAGAAGCAAGUUAGUUAGUUUGUUAAUAGAGUUUGUUAGAUUCAGUUAGUGUUUGUUUCACCUAGGUUGUUAAAGUGUUUUAGAGUCAGUUAGGGAGUUGUUAGUUGGUUAGGGCCUAAGAGAAUCAUCAACUAAUGUGAUGAUCUAGUAUUAGUAUAAAUAAUAGGCUCAUGAUUAGUGAUUGUAAUCAACUAUUUUCCCCCAUUGAGGAUGAAUAAAACUGACUUCAUUUUUCCCUAA